CCUUGUGGCCUGGUAGGCCUGCUUUCUUAGGGAAUCCGGGACCACCGCUGCAGGGGAUGACCCCACUCACGGUGGGCUGGGCACUUCCCUGUGCCCUACAGCUUGCCUACAUCUUCUGGAAGCGUUUUCUCAAUGGAGGCUUCCUCCUCUCCAUAUCCAGUUUAGGAAACGAAGAACGGAACCUUAGACCUGGUCUCCACUUACCUUGCGGACAGUCUGUAGCACUUCAAAUUCAACUCGAUUCAAAAGGAAAUCCAUCCAGUUACUCAAGCCGAACACCUCUUCUGGUUCCCUUGAACUCAUGCAAUCUCUCAGACAGACAAUGAGAUACCAACCUUGUCAAUGUAAAACUCUCCUGUUUUCUCCCUCAACCAAAUAGCCAAGUUUGCGAAGUGGUUCAGCAGCUUGAUCUCCAGAGAGGAAGCAGAGGCCCAGAGAGAGAUAGAGCAUGGCCCUGAGAGCAUGUGGCUUGAUCAUCUUUCGAAGACACCUUAUUCCCAAGGUGGACAACAGCACAAUUGAGUUUCUGAUGCUGCAGGCAUCAAAUGGCAUUCAUCACUGGACUCCUCCCAAAGGCCAUGUGGACCCUGGAGAGACUGACUUGGAAACAGCUUUGCGAGAGACUCAGGAGGAAACAGGCAUAGAAGCAAGCCAGCUGACCAUCAUCGAGGGGUUCAGAAAGGAGCUCAACUAUGUGGCCUGGAAGAAGCCGAAAACAGUCAUUUACUGGCUGGCAGAGGUGAAAGACUACAAUGUAGAGAUCUGCCUCUCCCAGGAGCAUCAAGCCUACCGCUGGCUAGGACUGGAAGAGGCUUGCCAGUUGGCUCAGUUCAGUGAGAUGAAGGCAACACUCCAAGAAGGACACCAGUUUCUCUGCUCCACACCGGCCUGAGCUGACCAGAACAAAUGCUUCCAUUGCUUCCUUGAGGGUCUCCUGAGAUGAACCCACCCUCCUAUCCAGGGAAGGAUGCACUGGUCUUUGCCUUGCUAUGGCCAAGAGCAGAUAGGUUGGUGGAAGUAAAAUAAAUUUGGCACUCUCGGGUGAGGGCAAGGAAGCCUCGGAUUCAGUCCCUAGCAUAGACAAUAAUUACUUUCAAAAUAAGAGCAAGCAAGAAUUUUAGCUAAGUUAAAAAGCAAAGAAGGGUAAAAAAAAUUUUAAAUGCCAGCCCCAGUAAGUGUAUCUUUGUAAUUUAUAAAUAAACUUCAAACAGUUUA